UUUACUGGGACGACCUGUGCUCGCGCGCAGUCUACUGAGACAGGGCUGCCGCGAUGACGCCGACAAAAAGGUCCCGGCGAGAUGUGCGGGAGCUGGGAGGUCAGGCGCCCAAACAGGCUCGGAGUGAUGAAGGCGGCUGGACGGGGGUGAACGAGCGCACCUUCAUCGCCGUGAAGCCCGACGGCGUGCAGCGGAGGCUGCUGGGAGAAAUAGUGCGUCGUUUCGAGAAGAGAGGCUUCAAACUUGUGGCCGUUAAACUUGUUAAGGCGUCCGAGGAGCUUCUCAGGGAGCACUACUGGCAGCUGAGGAACAAGCCCUUCUACAGCACGCUGAUAAGAUACAUGAGCUCUGGACCAGUUGUUGCAAUGGUGUGGCAGGGUUUGGACGUUGUGAAGACCGCUCGCAAGAUGCUGGGCGAGACCAACCCUGCCGACUCGCUGCCAGGCACCAUCCGCGGGGAUUUCUGUGUGGAAGUGGGCAAGAACGUGAUCCACGGCAGCGACUCGGUGGAGAACGCCCAGAAAGAAAUCGCUCUCUGGUUCCGUCAGAGUGAGCUCCACCGCUGGGAGAGCAGCACCAAGACCUGGAUCUACUGACGCUUUACGCACCUUCUGCAGCUUUCAUUUAAAGCGUCAAACCUCAGUUAACUUCUAGCCUGUUUAGCUUCAGUAGUUUGUGGCUAAGUAGCAAAGAAAGGCCGUCUCUGCCUUGCCGCUUUCUCUCGUUGGUUUACAUUUUUUGCUCAAAGUAAAGUUAGAUAAUCUUAACAAAAGCAAAGGUGCACUAAAUAAAUGGGUUUUGUUAGGACCAGUUAUGAAUGUUUUUAGCUUUUAAACUAUAAGUUUGACUUGCUGCAAUAAGAAACUCUGGAAUUAUGAAGGUAAUUGUGACUCAAUGAUGAGAUUUUUGAUUUUUAAAAAAAUCACAAACAGUUUCUGUCUCCAGUUAUAGUAGUAAAUACACUAAAUCCUCCCAAAGUGAGGUUGGCUGACACUUGAAAACACGGCCUUGUUCCAUUUCCUGUUUUCCAGUAACUUCAAACGUCCUCUAUGGGUGUAAAAAUGAUCAUGUGGAAGUACUUGAAUGUAAAGUUUCCAGCUUUUCAACAGCAUCAGACUCUUUACUAUUGCUUUUGUAUUUUUUAUACCAGGCUCAGCUUACAGCUUGAGAUGAAACUGCAUUAAAUGUAGCAAACAUAUGUAUUAAACUUGUACAAAAAAAAAAAGUCGAAAGACGAAAA